GCAGGUCUUGUCUUGAAUUUGUUACAAAAAAUUUUUAAUUGUGUGGUGAGUGUGUAGUUUUAGAAUACAAAAAAAAUUUAUUUCGUAGUAAGCUUUGAAAACGUUAAGCGUCUAAAGAUAUUUGUGCGACGCAACCUUGUUUUUCACCGAGUCAUUUUCCGUUUGACUUCCAAAGUAAACACUUGGAGCUAAAAGAAAUUGUGAAAAUUGAGCAGACAAGCUAUCAAUAUAUAGUUAAAAAACGCAAUCUAAACCAAACGGUAUAGUGAAAAUCAGCGAAUAGCUAUUAGACAAACGGUUUAAAAAACGAAUUACUAAAAUGCAGAUCUUCGUUAAAACUUUGACGGGAAAGACCAUAACCCUGGAGGUUGAGCCUUCUGAUACCAUUGAGAACGUGAAGGCCAAGAUUCAGGACAAGGAGGGUAUCCCACCAGAUCAGCAGCGUCUUAUCUUCGCCGGAAAGCAACUGGAAGAUGGCCGCACCUUGUCCGACUACAACAUCCAAAAAGAGUCGACCCUCCACUUGGUCCUUCGUCUGCGAGGUGGUAUGCAAAUCUUCGUGAAGACCCUGACAGGAAAGACGAUCACUCUCGAGGUUGAGCCUUCAGAUACCAUUGAGAACGUGAAGGCUAAGAUUCAGGACAAGGAGGGUAUCCCUCCAGAUCAGCAGCGUCUUAUCUUCGCUGGAAAGCAACUGGAAGAUGGUCGCACAUUGUCAGAUUAUAACAUCCAAAAGGAGUCGACCCUUCAUCUGGUCCUCCGUCUGCGUGGCGGUAUGCAAAUCUUCGUGAAGACCCUGACAGGAAAAACUAUUACCCUGGAGGUUGAGCCCAGCGAUACGAUUGAGAAUGUGAAGGCAAAGAUUCAAGACAAGGAGGGUAUUCCUCCAGACCAGCAGCGUCUGAUCUUCGCCGGCAAGCAACUGGAAGAUGGCCGCACCUUGUCCGAUUACAACAUUCAAAAGGAGUCAACCCUUCAUUUGGUCCUCCGUCUGCGUGGCGGUAUGCAAAUUUUCGUGAAAACCCUGACAGGAAAGACUAUUACCCUGGAGGUUGAGCCCAGUGAUACGAUUGAGAAUGUGAAGGCUAAGAUUCAGGACAAGGAGGGUAUUCCUCCAGAUCAGCAGCGUCUGAUCUUCGCCGGCAAGCAACUGGAAGAUGGCCGCACCUUGUCCGAUUACAACAUCCAAAAGGAGUCAACCCUCCACUUGGUCCUUCGUCUGCGAGGUGGUAUGCAAAUCUUCGUGAAGACCCUGACAGGAAAAACUAUUACCCUGGAGGUUGAGCCCAGCGAUACGAUUGAGAAUGUGAAGGCCAAGAUUCAAGACAAGGAGGGUAUUCCUCCAGACCAGCAGCGUCUGAUCUUCGCCGGCAAGCAACUGGAAGAUGGUCGCACAUUAUCAGAUUAUAACAUCCAAAAGGAGUCAACCCUCCACUUGGUCCUUCGUCUGCGAGGUGGUAUGCAAAUCUUCGUGAAGACCCUGACAGGAAAAACUAUUACCCUGGAGGUUGAGCCCAGCGAUACGAUUGAGAAUGUGAAGGCCAAGAUUCAAGACAAGGAGGGUAUUCCUCCAGACCAGCAGCGUCUGAUCUUCGCCGGCAAGCAACUGGAAGAUGGCCGCACCUUGUCCGAUUACAACAUCCAAAAGGAGUCAACCCUCCACUUGGUCCUUCGUCUGCGAGGUGGUAUGCAAAUCUUCGUGAAGACCCUGACAGGAAAAACUAUUACCCUGGAGGUUGAGCCCAGCGAUACGAUUGAGAAUGUGAAGGCCAAGAUUCAAGACAAGGAGGGUAUUCCUCCAGACCAGCAGCGUCUGAUCUUCGCUGGAAAGCAACUGGAAGAUGGUCGCACAUUAUCAGAUUAUAACAUCCAAAAGGAGUCGACCCUUCAUCUGGUCCUCCGUCUGCGUGGCGGUAUGCAAAUCUUCGUGAAGACCCUGACAGGAAAAACUAUUACCCUGGAGGUUGAGCCCAGCGAUACGAUUGAGAACGUGAAGGCCAAGAUUCAAGACAAGGAGGGUAUUCCUCCAGACCAGCAGCGUCUGAUCUUCGCCGGCAAGCAACUGGAAGAUGGCCGCACCUUGUCCGAUUACAACAUCCAAAAGGAGUCAACCCUCCACUUGGUCCUUCGUCUGCGAGGUGGUAUGCAAAUCUUCGUGAAGACCCUUACAGGAAAGACGAUCACUCUCGAGGUUGAGCCUUCAGAUACCAUUGAGAAUGUGAAGGCUAAGAUUCAGGACAAGGAGGGUAUCCCUCCAGAUCAGCAGCGUCUGAUCUUCGCCGGCAAGCAACUGGAAGAUGGCCGCACCUUGUCCGAUUACAACAUCCAAAAGGAGUCAACCCUCCACUUGGUCCUUCGUCUGCGAGGUGGUAUGCAAAUCUUCGUGAAGACCCUGACAGGAAAGACCAUCACUCUCGAGGUUGAGCCCAGCGAUACGAUUGAGAAUGUGAAGGCCAAGAUUCAAGACAAGGAGGGUAUCCCCCCAGAUCAGCAGCGUCUGAUCUUCGCCGGCAAACAACUGGAAGAUGGUCGCACCUUGUCCGAUUACAACAUCCAAAAAGAGUCCACCCUUCACCUGGUGUUGCGUCUACGCGGCGGUUGCCUAGCCUAAUUGCAAAAGACAAUCCAAAAUCAAUCAUCCAACACUUAAAAUCAAGCUACAGAGUUUCCAAAUUUUUUUUAUUUCUGCAAAACACUAGAUCGCAAGAACAAAUUCAAAAUUACAAGUUCAAGCAUUGAGCCGAGUUUCCUGUCUGCUGUUUCUUCUGGCUUAAUUCUUGCUUCAAAUUCCAUAUACAAUUACAAAUAAAAAUAAAUUUAUUCAAAA